AUGUCUGGUAAUACACCUCCGCCACCACCGUCGGCUCCUCCGCUGCCGCCUGCUGCUCAAAAGACAAACACAAAAAAAUCAUCCUUCAUAUCGAGGGCGAGAAAUACCCCGGAAGACUGCUUCUACCGGCCUCCCAAGCCUCCGACCCAAGCCGAUCUCCUCAAGUUGCCUACAGGGCCGUACUUCGUGUAUGGAACAUUGAUGGAUCCGAAAAUGCUAGCCGACGUCCUCGGACUAAAAGAAAAACCCAAACUACGACCCGCCAAGAUCAUAGGGUACUCGCGUAAACUCUGGGGACAGUAUCCCGCCCUGCAAGACGGCCCGCAGAAUGAACAAGUCAGUGGUGCCGUCUAUCAUGUGCAGUCUGUUGCUCAUGCGAAGAGAUUGGCCGAGUACGAGACAAACAGCUACAGAGCCAAACUAUGCCUUAUCCAGUAUACAGAUGCAAAGGAACCUGUUGAGGAUUAUGGCCAUGUUUUCAUGUUUGUCGGUAAUCCAAGGGAUCUACAAGAGGGGGACUUUGAUCUGGAAAAAUGGUUGAAGCGAGUGGGACGAUCGUCUUAUUAA